GUCUACCCAGCAGGCUCCUCUUUAGCCGCACACUGAAUGUGUUCCUUUUUAUUUAUUUAUUCAUUUCCAUGUGGCCAAGCACUGUCACUUUGAUGAAUUGGACCUGGAACUAGCCAAUUGUUUUCACUCAACGGGACACGCUCUGGACUUAAACAUCCACCCCACGAGGAGGGGCGCCGCCAUUUCCGGGCUUUAUAGAAGCCAGCGUGAGGGCGGCCGUCAUCCUCAACCCGCCGCAGCUUCGCUACCUGAUUUCCCCCGGAGCUUUUCUUAUCGGAAAUGUUUUUGGGGGCGACUGAAGCGGCUCCUUUCGAUUUCAUCUGCACCUUUCAUAAUACGUCACGCCAGAAGAUUACAGAGACAAGUCCCGCUUUUCACAGCAGUGCCAAUGGACUGACAUCAGCCAGCACAGAUGCUGCUGAAGGAUCUGCCCAGAGACGCCCUGUUGCGGCCCUUGUCCAGGAAUGAAGUGAUUGGCAUGUUGGUGAGGUUGAGCGUCUUUGGUGCUGCCACAUACUACAGCAUCAAAUGGGUGGUGGAGGCGAUGGACCCCACCUCCAAGCAGAAAAGCCAGGCCAAAAAGCGGGCGGAGGAGCUGAUGAGGAGAAUAGGCUUGGAGGGCAUCACACUGACUGAGUAUGAGAUGAACAUCGCAACUCUCUUAGUCGAUCCCCAAACUAUCAAGGUGUCUUGGAGAGAUAUAGCUGGUCUGGAUGAGAUCAUUAAUGAGCUGCAGGACACCGUUAUACUACCGUUUCAGAAAAGACACCUUUUACCCGGCUCUAAACUCUUCCAGCCUCCUAAAGGUGUUUUAUUGUUUGGUCCUCCGGGAUGUGGGAAGACCAUGAUUGCCAAGGCAACAGCCAAAGCCUCGGGCUGCAAGUUUAUCAACCUGCAGGCCUCCACGCUGACAGACAUGUGGUACGGGGAGUCGCAGAAACUGACCUCCGCCGUCUUCUCGCUGGCCAUCAAAAUCCAGCCUUGUAUUAUCUUUAUCGACGAGAUCGAGUCAUUUCUAAGAAACCGCUCCAGUCUGGACCACGAGGCCACAGCCAUGAUGAAGGCCCAGUUCAUGAGCCUGUGGGAUGGCCUUGACACUUCUUUAACCACCCAGGUGAUGGUGAUGGGAGCCACCAACAGGCCGCAGGAUCUAGAUCCGGCGAUUCUGCGAAGGAUGCCUGCCACAUUUUAUGUCGGCCUGCCGAACGUAAAGCAGAGAGAAGACAUCCUCCGGCUGAUUUUAGCAGGAGAAAAUCUGAGCAAUGCCAUAAAUCUGAAGGAGAUUGCAGAGAAGACCGACGGAUACUCGGGCAGCGACCUCCGAGAGCUCUGCCGCGACGCCGCCAUGUACCGGGUCAGGGAUUUCGUCCGCAAGGAGCAGAUCAGGCAGAUCGCGCAGCAGCUGCAGAGCUACGAGGAGGAGGAAGGGCCCGUUGACGAGGAUCGGCUGCGGCCGGUGACGCAGCUGGACCUGCUCUUCGGCCUCGAUAAGAUGAAGGAAUCCAAGCAGGCCACAGCUGCUACCCUACCCGUCGUGGCAGAGGUUCCUCUGGACUGAGCGCCGUUGUUAGGAAGACCCCACCCACCUUUUUAGUGGCUGCGCAUUCCAGCUCUGAACGCAGACCACAAGGAAGGUGCCUUUGGAAAGGCAAGAGACAAAAAUCCAGUUUUUCGGCUUGGUAGAAUCCUGCAGGCCUUGUUAAUACAGUAGUGAGCAUAACCCUCAUCUUCUCCACCCACCCAUCAAUGCACAGUUCACAAUAAAUGAGAACUGUGCAAUUCCAGCAGCUAGCUUAAUGCAUGAGAGAACUGUCAAUCUCCAUUUGUCUAGGAGCGUGUUUUGGUGAUAAUUAAUAUUUCAUAGAAGGUCAAAUGCCAUGAAAUGUUCUGAGAGUUCAUCUGAAAAGGAGCAGCUGAUUAACAGGUGACCUUUAGGCACAGUGGCCUUUUGAAUCAACCCUAUUUUUCUAAAUUGUCAGAUUGAGAGCAAAAGCACCUUGAAAAAAAUGAAUCGAGGAAAUGUUUUUCUGUACUGGUGUUUACAGAUCAGAUCUAAAAUUGGCUUAAUUUCCAAUUCCUAGCCCUUUAUCUCACCAAGUUGGAUGGGAAGUGCAGUGACUGAAUGUUUUUAAAGAUAAUCUUAACAUGGAGUUUGAUCCAUAUUUUCUGUUUGUGGAUUACAUAACACUUUAUUUUUUAAUUGUUUCCAAGAGUUACGUCUUUGUUUUUAGAUUGUAAAUCCAUACCUGUAGGGUCAAAUUUGAGAACCAGCAUUUGAGACGUACAACUUGUUCUCCUGAGGAGUUUUAAUCUAAAUAAAUACGUCGGAUAUUCAUUUUUGGUCGGACCUCAGCCACAAUAAAAGCGUCUAAUAGUUUGGUUUCAAAGCUGCCUUUGUGCAGUUUUUUUAACUUGAAAUAAAAAUAGAGCCAAAUGCAGAAUGGAAGAUAUUAUAAUUAAGUGAAAAGUGCGCUUGGUUUUUAUGAAAAUCAGCAAUAAUGUGAACCACGGCAACAUCGAAAUAUACGAGGAACUCAAUUAUUUACAUUUGAGUACAUGGCUGUAAAAAGGCUUAAUAUCAUAAUAAUAAAUAAAAUAUUUGAUGAGAAGCUUCAGGAAAAAAACAUAAGACACUGAAAUGGAAACUGAAAGAUUACCUCCCACUGUCACUGAGGUAACACUGCUGUACUUCCCACAGACAAAUACUUUGACACUCUGCGAUGCGAUGGAAUUUAUAACAGCCUAAUAGUUACUAUUAAAACCUUUUUGUGCACAAAAUGAAACCACAGUAGUUGGAUUUACUAACGAUGUCUUGUCACAGUCUCUCUAAAACUGCAGUUGGCAAAAACAUGAGCUGCAUGUCCGUUUAACAGAUGAUGCUAAGUUGGCCACCUGAGCAGAUAGCCUGACUAAUUAAUAUUUCUGUACAAGACAGUUCAAAGUGCUGUCAAUAAAAAUCAAAAACCGUUAAGAGUUUACAAUCACACAUAUUUAAGCAAGAUAAAACAAAUAAAACACAAGGAAAAAAAAAUUCAUUGGCUAAAUUAGAAAAAAAAAAUGUAGAUAAAGCUUUUUCAGCUGUCAUAUGCACAGCUAAAAAAAAGAAGAAGAAAAAAAAACAGUUAUUAGACUGGAUUUAAAAAAUUGUCAGAGUCAAAUCCAGCCUCACUUUCUUCCGAUUUCAACAAGGUACCUCAUGUCCUUGAGAUAAUUUCCAACUAAGCAGCUAAUAUCAGCUGGAUAUACUUCCUGUGUUACUCUGUAAAGAACCUCAUGGAAGAAAAAGGUCAACAGCAAUAAGCAUGUUUAUUUGGAAACUACUAGUGCUUUUAAGGAUCUUUUUUUUAUUUGCUCGUGUUUACGCACCAAAAAUAAUUAUAUAUAUACAACAUACAUGGUAUGGUAAAGAAAUUAGUAUUAGAACCAGAAUAGUCAAUAUUUUAGCAACAGCAGGAUUCUUUGCUUUUCUCCUUUAAACUUUCAGACCAAGUUGUCAGAUCAUUAAAUAUGUUUUUUUGUUUCAUUUUUCCUUUUUUCGCCAUACAUAUGUUUUUUGCUUUCUGUCAGCUGAAGCCUUAUCUUUGGCCAUCUGGUCAGAGUGUGUGUAAAAUGGGUCUGCUGCGGGUGUCAUGCAGCUGUUUUCAUCUGGCACCCACUGAGCAAGCUGGACCGUGUUUGUCAUUCGCCCUCAUGGUGGCGCUGUAGAUUCACCAUCCUGUCGCCGAGGCAGCCGUUACCGACCCACUCUUACUCUGAGCCGUGUUACUGCACAGUGGGAAACAAAUGAGAUGCUGUGUUGUCGCUCCCUUAUUGGUUUAUCCACUGAUGUUGAGCCAUCUGUUGCUCUUCAUUAAAUAACCUCAGGUGACAGUUAAAGGUCAGAUGACGCCAUGUGAGCCGCUGCUGCUUGUGAAGCUUAAGUCAAAUCUCUAAAUGUUUUCUCUCAGUGCAAUGUCACUGACCAGGUCCUUCAUCAGUUAGCGCAGACGCUCCACAUCCCUCACACAGGGAUCAUGUGUUAAAUAUUGUCGGAAUAUGUGUAUGUAUUUGAUGUGAAAUAUUAAAAUAUGUUGUGUAAAUUAUAUUUAUUAAAUUCUGUUGGGGGAAAUGAAUCAUACUAGUUUUGCCAUUUCACAAUGUAACCCGUGUAAUAACUUUCUAUGAUCGCAGUGUUUGAUUUUUAAAGAAUUGCUGUGUGAAAUCCUUCGAGCGCAUUUGAAUUAUUAUAGUGAUUUAUUUGUGGGGUUUUUUUCUCUUCUGUUGAUACUGUAUACGGUAAGAUAUAAAUGUGUUUGAACUUAAAUAAAGGCACUAAACUGUUUAAUGUUUAAUCCUCCUGUGGUCUCAAGAGAUGGGAUCAGUUAGACCACACAACUUUUUUUUACUUUGUGCGCGGUCCAGCAAGGUCACGCUGACCCUCUGUGCGCUUUUACAAAGUUUUUUUUUUUUUCUGUGUGCAUGGUUUUGGGAACUGAUGGGACAACCCCCAAACCAUUUCCCUGCUGUCCAACCGUGACAUUUGCUGCACUCCUCCAGAGGUUUAAAGCUACGUCUCAAAAAAAAAGUUCAAUAAUUUCUGUCACUCAUUUUAGAAAGAACUCACAUCCAUCACACGUGGCGUUAAAUAUUCCAACACUUUCUUGCAAUUUUAAUAAUAACGGCUUAAAAACACAAUUAAUUUAGUGUCUCAGAAAAUGCAAAUAGUACAUAGGAUAUUUUAAAGAGAAAUGUACAGCCCUUCAUAGUAAAGUAUGUGCUUUUCUUUGCAUUCAAGAUUUGGUUGGGACGUCAGUGCGCUGUGGAUUGAAGGGACAGGAAGAGACGCAACAAGCUGGUCAGAAGGCCGGCUCAGUUUUGGACUAUUCUCUGGUCUCCUUUGAGGAGGUGGGCGAGAGAAAAACGUUAGCUAGGAUAAAAUCGAUUACGGUCAACUCCUCUCAGUUGACCAUAAUCCUACGGUCUCAUACAGUAGGAUCCCGUGUGGAUCCUACGGUCUCAUACAGUAGGAUCCCGUGUGGAUCCUACGGUCUCAUACAGUAGGAUCCCGUGUGGAUCCUACGGUCUCAUACAGUAGGAUCCCGUGUGGAUCCUACGGUCUCAUACAGUAGGAUCCCGUGUGGAUCCUACGGUCUCAUACAGUAGGAUCCCGUGUGGAUCCUACGGUCUCAUACAGUAGGAUCCCGUGUGGAUCCUACGGUCUCAUACAGUAGGAUCCCGUGUGGAUCCUACCGUCUCAUACAGUAGGAUCCCGUGUGGAUCCUACCGUCUCAUACAGUAGGAUCCCGUGUGGAUCCUACCGUCUCAUACAGUAGGAUCCCGUGUGGAUCCUACCGUCUCAUACAGUAGGAUCCCGUGUGGAUCCUACCGUCUCAUACAGUAGGAUCCUUUAGCUGCUCCGUCAGCAGCAGACUGAUCCACAGUGUAGGAAGGAGAGACAUCGCAGGUCAGUCAUACCAACUGCUAUCAGACUGCAAUACACCUACAACUAGUAAUGUAGCACCAAUAACUUGCUUAUAUUUGCUGCUAUAUUUGUAGUCAAGUCUAUUCAUAUAGCACAUCUCAGCAACAAGGCAGUUCAAACUGCUUUACAUCAUAAAAGCAUCAUACAAUCAAUUACAAAAUAGGCAGUAAACGUUACAUUUUGUUAAAUGGCAUCAUCAAACAUGCUCAUCAGUGUUUGAUUUACUACUAAUUAAAGGAAACUAAACAGGUGGGGUUUAAGCCUUGAUUUAAAGGAACUCUGUUUCAGCUGUUUUGCAGUUUUCUGGAUGUUUGUACUACUUAUUACCACUACUAGCUCUGUUACCACUCGUCUAUGAGACCUCCAUUGCAUAGCUUGUUAAGCCACGUCUCUUACAUGUCUUCAUUUGUGCAAUAUUUUUAUAUAUGUAUACAUCUCUUAUCUUGCAUUACUGCUAAUUGUGAUUUUGUUUAUUGUUAUCACCAUGUGUAUUUUUUUGCUACUGUAAUGUCGAUUUCCAAAAUGCAGGAUUAAUAAAGUGAAUCAGUCAGUCA